CUCGCUGGCUGGACGCACCACUGCUGAGUGGGUGCCGUGGGCUCAAUCCCUCCAAACGCCGUCCCGACGACUUUUAUUACUCACGUCGACUCUCAUCGCUUUUUAUCAACCUCAUCGCUCAUUGAUUGAUUCAUUGAGCCCGCUGACCAUCACUCACCCUCCCGCCCCCGUCCUCCGUGCCAUAUAUACACGCGCUGCACGGCGCAAUCGCAUCCCGUUUACGUUUUACGCAAAACGCCUGAGCCAGCCGGGGGUGGCCAGGAAAACGUGCGCUGCAUCUGCGGCCCCCGUGGGCGCCCACGCUUGACGAACCCCCAGACGUACCUCCUCACUCACCCGGCUGCGUCUGAGACCUCGCGCCGGGAUCGGCGUCUCAAGGUCCGUCGAACCGAGCAUCGUCGCCAAACACCCCGACGACACACACAACACACCGGGAGUGGGGAAGCCAGCGAGCAAUUGACUCGCAGCCAUGGGGAGUUCCACGUAUAGCAACGCCUCCGACCUGGGCUGGGUCGUCCAGAAGUUUGGGGGCACCAGCGUGGGCAAGUUUCCAGACAAGAUCGCCCGUGAUAUCGUCAAGGCGAGCCUGUCGCGGAACCGUGUCGUCGUAGUCUGCUCAGCCCGCAGCACGGGGAAGAAGGCCGAAGGCACGACGAGUCGGUGAGUCUUUCUCAUCCAUGGCGCAGCCGCGAACCCCCUUCGCGCAGCCUUCUUCUUCUCACACUCGCCGCCCCUCCCCAGGUUACUAGGCGUCUACAACAAGCUGCAGCACGUCGCUCUCGCCUACGCCGCCAGCACGGAUGAGGACCCGGACACGCUCAUAGAGCAGGCCAAGAGCCUCAUCAUGGACAUUUGCAACGACCACAUCUUCGCCGCCGAGUCCUUCGUCAAGGAUACCAGCCUCCGCAGCGGCCUCGCCAAGAAGAUUGAGUCCGAGUGCCAGGAGCUCAUCGAGUACAUCAUUGCCGCCAAGCGCUUCAACCUCGAGAUCAACUCAAGAGCAAAGGACCGUGUCAUUAGCUUUGGCGAGAAGCUAGCCUGCCUCUACAUGACGGUGCUCUUGCAGGACGCGGGCGUGGACGCCGAGUACGUCGACCUGUGCGACGCGCUGCAUCACGACGCCGCGGCGCACUUGGACGCGUCCUUUUACAAGUCUGCCAUCGCCGCCUUCUCAAGAAAACUGGCCGCCUGCGAGGGCCGGGUGCCUGUCGUGACGGGCUUCUUUGGCAACGUCCCCGGCAGCCUCAUUGACGGCGACAUCGGGCGCGGUUACACUGACCUUUGCGCUGCGCUGUGUGCAGUAGCGCUCAAGGCGCAGGAGCUCCAGAUCUGGAAGGAGGUCGACGGCAUCUUCACCGCCGAUCCGUCCAAGGUGCCCACGGCGAGGCUGCUGCCGUCCAUCACGCCCUCGGAAGCGGCCGAGUUGACCUUCUACGGCUCCGAAGUCAUCCACCACCUCACCAUGGACCAGGUCAUCCGGGCGCAGCCCCCGAUACCGAUCCGCAUCAAAAACGUCAAGAAUCCUCGCGGCAACGGCACCAUCGUCAUCCCCGACCCCAUGAUGUCGGCGAGCCACCAGCUGCGACGGGCACGGCCGUCGGGCGCGCCGCUGCCACCCAAGAGCCCCAAGCGGCCGACGGCGGUGACCAUCAAGGACCACAUCAGUGUCAUCAACGUGCACUCCAACAAGCGAUCCAUCUCCCACGGCUUCUUCGCGCGCGUCUUCUCGAUCCUCGACAAGCAUUCCAUCUCGGUGGACCUCAUCUCGACCUCUGAGGUGCACGUGUCGCUGGCCAUACACUCGGGCAGCACGCGGGUCGACGCCUUUGCCAACGCCAAGCAGAGCCUGGCCGAGUGCGGCGAGGUCAGCGUCUUGUCGGACAUGGCGAUUCUGAGCCUCGUGGGCGCCGACAUGAAGAACAUGAUUGGCGUCGCUGGCAAGAUGUUUUCGACGCUCGGCGAGCACAACGUCAACUUGGAGAUGAUUUCACAGGGCGCAAGCGAGAUCAACAUAUCAUGCGUUAUCGACUCCCGAGACGCCACCCGGGCCAUGAAUGUCUUGCACACGCACCUGUUUACGUUUCUGGAAUGAAUGUGAACAGCAAGCGCCGCGGGCUGGUGCGGUGGUUCGGGCUAGAGGGCACGGCAUGUUGGAUGGGCUUGCCGACUGAUUACUGACUGCAUCAUAUCUCAACGGGGCCGGUGUCUCGGCGGGAAAAGUAGCUCAAGCGCGCGUGGUUGGGCCAGCAAAAGACCCGGGCGUGGGUGGGUGGUCA